AAGCUGCACUUCCUCAUUGCCUAGAUACACUCGUCAAGCACACACGAAGAAACAAGGCUGUGCAUUGUUUUGAUUUUAUACUGGUCAGUGUAUCUGGGAGGUACAAAAACUCAAAUACAGCAUAGGCUUGCGCACAUACAACACUGAAUAGGAUAAAUAUUCAAUAUCGAAAAGGAAUACAAUUUAACGUUACACUGUUGCUGUUUUGAAGAACAGCCGAUCAAUUCAACAGAUUACUGAUGUGUGACCUCAGCAUGGACAAAGUGGCCCCCUUGUCCACUGGCUAUCGCUCCAGCCUCAAGCGGCAGGCAGCGUUCGAUCUUUUUGAAGAUCCCAUGUCUCUGUUCUCGGGAUACUUCCUCCCCUCAGACGAUGAGCAGUCUUUUCAGGAGGUGCCCUCUGGCUUCAACUGUGUCUCACAUGACAUGGGCCCUUGCUCUGUUCCACUUUUGACCCCGUGCAGUAAGGCAGUGAUGAGUCAGGCCUUGAAGGACAGCUUCAGUGGCUUCUCCAAGGUCCAACGCUGCUGUGGCAUCUCCAACAACCCCCAUAAGUGGACCAAGCAGCACGUGAUGCAGUGGCUCCACUGGGCAGCCAGUGAGUUCAGCCUGGCCAACGUCCACUUCUUUAAGUUUGACAUGAACGGCCAGGAGCUGUGUGACCUGGGCAAGGAGAGCUUCCUGGACCUGGCCCCAGACUUUGUGGGCGACAUCCUGUGGGAGCACCUGGACCAGAUGAUGAAAGAAUGUCGAGAGAGAGAAGAAUCCAAAAGCCUCAGCAGUGUUGUGCCCUCAGUAACCAACUGGAUGAGCUCUGUCGGCUUCAGUCUGGAGGAGACCCAGUGUGCCCUGCAGGUGCCUGACAACAGCGGUAGUCUGCUGAGAGAACUGUUUGAGACUGCGGACAAGACUACCCUGCUGACCCGAGAUCAGGAGUUCUCCAUGUUCUCUAAGCCCCAACUGAGCACGGUCAAUGUCAGCUACCUCAGGAGCAACCCAGACGCAGGGCAACUCUGCAAAGCCUUCUCGCCCCAGGACCAGAGUUUGUGUUCAUUGGAGAGCAUGGACAGCUUUGAGGGGCCAGAGUCCAUGCUGCAAUCCUGGGGUAGCCAGUCUUCCCUGGCGGACAACCAGAGGGUGCCGUCCCACGACAGCUUUGAGGACGAGUGCAACAGCAGCACCCUGAGCCUGGGGAAUCAGGGCCUAUCCUUCAAGGACUACGUCCAGGAGAGGAACGAGCCUGUGGAACUGGGAAAGCCUGUCAUACCUGCUGCCGUGCUGGCUGGCUUCACUGGAAGCGGUCCUAUCCAGCUGUGGCAGUUCCUGCUGGAGCUCCUGACUGAUAAGAGUUGUCAGGCCAUCAUCAGCUGGACCGGAGACGGCUGGGAGUUCAAACUCACUGACCCAGAUGAGGUGGCUAGACGCUGGGGCCGCAGGAAGAACAAGCCCAAGAUGAACUACGAGAAGCUGAGCCGUGGCCUGCGAUACUACUACGACAAGAACAUCAUCCACAAGACCUCGGGCAAGCGAUACGUCUACCGCUUCGUCUGUGACUUGCAGAAUCUUCUGGGCUACUCGGCUGAAGAGCUCCACAUCAUGCUAGGGGUCCAGCCUGACACUGAGGAUUGAACCAACUGGUGUUUUAUCGAAAGGGAAGGGGUUGGAGAUGUAGCCAGUGGGGCUUCACUACCCCAACUUAGCAGAAGUUGCUAAUGUUACAGGCCAUCUGAAAGUCAUUUCUGGUCAUUGAACAGGUGGCACUGAUUGAUGUCCACUGAUAGUGGCUACACUGGUGGGCAGACAGUGAGCAUCUCUAAUUUGGAGAGGCAGCUCAUGUCUCGGCUCUUGUGCCAUCAAUGUGCAUCGUUGUGCAAGCUUUGGUUGAGAGGGGUGCCAGUAUUUAAAUCAAGCAUUCCCUCUGGGUGAAAGUGUUAUUGUGCAAGUUGUAAUGGAUCAGCUCUGUAUCCAUCUGCAAAGUGGAGAGCUGUUAAUUGCACAGAUGACAAUGGUGAUCAAUGUAACAUAGCUGAUUUUUUCAUUCUUGCUUUAUACUCAGCAAGUAUGGUGUUUACAGAGUCUGAGCAUUGGACAUUUAGACUUACUGUGAAAGAUCUUGAGGUUACCAUACAAGAAUGCUUUUGAGGUGGCGGAUCCAGCGCCUUAAAUAGGAGUUUUGAUGGAGAAUGUAUUCAUGAUUUUACGGAAUAGCUAAGAUUGCCUUUACUGUUGUGCUUUUACUAAUGCAUUGUCCUGCUGACAAGCUUGCAGCGCAACUGGAAUACCAGUCAUUGUGGCUAUUGCAUUUCUCCUCUAUCAAAAAGGAAAUCAUUUAAUUAUUGUUCUAUAAAUAUGAAUAUUUUGUCAUGUUUGGCGAGUUAUACACAAUUCACAGGUGAAUAUGGCUUUAAAGGUUGAAUGUAACGGUGUAGCAGCUAUCAGAAUUUAUUUUUGUAGCAGGUUUAUCAGGGAUAAAUUUGUGAAUUGAUUGUUUAUUUAUUUUGAUGUGACCAAAGCGACAUGUGGAUGUAUAUGGUUUAUUCUAAACUAUAGUUGCAUUUUGUUGUAUGUUUUUAUAUUCUGCACCAAAGUCCCUGUGUAUAUAUUAUAUUGGUACUACUGUACCUGUUAUAAAUACGAUGAAUAUUCACUGUGUGUUUUACUGAAGAAGAUAAAGCAGCCUUUUUGAAGUUGUUGUACAGAUGACAGACACACAAAAAUGGCAUAAUUUUGGCAUGGGUACGGUCUAGCCCAUGUGUGUUUAUGCUGUUCUCUUAAUCAUUUUAGCCGUCUUCUAUUAAUUGAUAUUGUAUAACACAAUGAAAAGUAAGAUCAUCUUAAGAAUUCUGUUGUUGAAAUCUUAAUAAAAAUAGAACAUUUUGAACUGACAUGUGAAGCAACAGGGUUAUUGUAUAUUGUUUUAUAAUAGAAUGUUGGUCUUGCUACAACAUCUAAGCUCUGAAUAUAUCAUUGGCAGCGUGACAUGUUGUGCUGUUUGCUGUAACUAAAGAUGUGCAUGUCAUCGGCAUGCCAAAGACCUGUGUAACUUAUUCAUCAGAAUGACUUUACUUAAAUUACUUUGUCAGCAUUUCAGUGGUUUUUAAAUGGAAAAUGGCUUUGACAUUUUAAUAAAAGCUUUAUUUUUAUAUGGUA